UUUGACUUGGACUCACAAUCCAAAUCGCAAUAAUGCCAUUUCCACAAAUCUCAAAACAUUUGUUUCGCCUUUCACUCACUCAUUCACAAUUUCCACAUAUCCUUCCUUCCUUUCCCCAAAUUAAACACCCAAACUUAAAAGAACCAUAACCAGUUAACCCUUAGUUUUGAUUAUUAUUGUUAAUUUAUUCUUUUUAUAUAUUCAAUUAUGCUGCGGCGGGUACUGAGCGCCGCAAUGUUAAGUCUUGUUGUAGUCGUGUUCUUCUUCAUCUUCAUAUCUUCGAGUGAAACUCGGAAACACGGCAUGAUUAUGAUUAAGUUGUCGCGGAGGAGGAUGCUAAUAGGUCCAGGAUCGUGGCCGCCGAGUUGUAGAUCCAAGUGCGGAAGCUGCACACCGUGUAAGGCCGUGCACGUCCCGAUUCACCCCGGAAUGAGUAUCCCAUUGGAGUACUACCCCGAAGCUUGGCGUUGCAAGUGCGGCAAUAAGCUGUACAUGCCUUAGGAUACUACAGAGGAGGAUGCUAAUAGGCCGGUCCAGGAUCAGUGGCGGCCGAGUGUUAGAUCCAAGUGCGGGAGCUGCACACCGUGUAAGGCCGUGGACGUCCCUAUUCAACCCGGGAUCAGCAUAUAUGCCAUUGGAGUAAUAACCCCAAGUUUGCCGCUGCAAGCGUGGCACAGUAACUCAGUAAGCUAGGUUGUACAUGCCUUUAGGAUACUACGGAGGAGUACAAUAUUAAGUUAGUAACGAGGAGAGAGAAAAAGAGAGAGAUUGUUGAAUUAAUUCAUGUACUUCAGUUACUGUGUAUGCGAAAUUUGAUGAUGAAAGGAAAUCAGCAGUGUGAUUAAUGAGAUGGAACUACCUAUCCUCUUGUUUUAUUUAUUCUACUGUACUACUUUCUAGUUUCCAAAACGAGUACUAUAUCUAUUUAAUGUUGAGUGUGAUGAUUUAUACAAGUAUUGCUCUUUCUGUUA